GGAGGACUGCAACACACUUCCCGUUAUUCAAAGCCGCGUCCCAUGUCUUCUUCCUUUCCUCUGUACAUACAUACGUCUCUAUCUCUCUCCUUAUAACACACACACACACACACACAAUUGCCUAAUUAUUUUUUCACCAGCCCAAAUUUCUUUGAUUUGCGGUGCUCGCCAUGUUACUAAUCUUUGAGAAAUCAUUCUCUAGCUAAUUAGAGCUGAAGCAGAGCUUCUGUCAGACAACUAGGAACAUCCUGUAAUAUCUCUGCAUAUAUAAUCAAAGCUGAGAACGUUUUCAACUAGAAAGUAUAAGAGAAUCUAUACAGUAUUUGUGCGGCGUGGGUGGAAGGUGUGAUUGUCUAUAAUGCAUUCUGACUGAGUGACAAAGAUUGGCAUCUUUGCGCGUGUCCCAUUCUCUUCUCCAACCCUGUUGAAAAGGUUUACUAUUUCAAAAUUAUACUUGAAAACAAUGAUGGAGGUUAAGCUAUGGAAUGACAAGCGUGAAAGGGAAAUGUAUGACAACUUUGGUGAGCUCUUUGCGAUUAUCAAAGCGACAGAGAAGCUAGAGAAGGCUUAUGUUCGUGACAUCGUUUCACCAGCUGUAUAUGAAACUGAGUGCCAGAAACUGAUUGCUCAGUUCAAGACCUUAUCUUCUACAUUGAAAGAUGCUGUACCUAACAUUGAUCGAUUUCAUGACACCUACAAAAUGGAUUGCCCUGCUGCACUAAACCGGCUUGUGACCUCUGGUGUGCCAGCUACUGUAGAGCACCGAGCUGCUGCUUCAAUGUCAGCUGUAACUUCAGCUGCUGUUGUGGCCGAGUGUGUGCAGAAUUUCAUCACUGCAAUGGACUCGUUGAAGUUGAACAUGGUUGCAGUUGACCAGGUCCAUCCCCUGUUGUCAGAGCUCUCAUCUUCCCUCAAUAAGCUGUCGAUUCUGCCGGUGGAUUUUGAGGGAAAGACAAAGAUGAGAGAGUGGCUUUCAAGGUUGUCGAAGAUGGGGGCUGCAGAUGAGUUGACAGAACAGCAGGCUCGUCAACUCCACUUUGAUCUGGAAUCCUCAUACAAUUCUUUCAUGGCAGCACUGCCCACUGAUGGAACUUAGUUGACUAUUUCAAUAGGUGGUAUGUUUGUAUAUAAGAGUGUUGUUUCAUUUAGCAAGCUCUUAACACACAUGAUUCUAUCUUUGAUUGGAGUGCUGGUGACUAUCUGAGUAGAAUAGCCAUCUAUAUUUUGGGACUUCCAUACUUGUUAGAUAAUUGUUAGACUGGUGGUGGUACCAUUUUGGAUACUAUGAACUCAUUAUGGAUCGCUCUUAUAUCAGUCUAUAUGCUGCUUGUGCUAGUUUAGUUAUAUUCUUGGAUUCGAGAGAGCUUUAUGCUUUUGUAUAUUAAUGGUAAACUCUCUCUUUUUAUGUUU